CAGGAAUCCUUGACGAUCGCUACAAAAUCAUGAUCCUCGUUUGCACUGAACAUAUUCAUGUCAGAAUAAUAACACUUUAAGGUGAUCCAGGACAUAAGUGAAGAGUGAAAUGCAAUAGAAACGCAAAAAACGAAUUUUUUACCCACUAUUAGACAUAAAUUACCAUCUGAGAGCCCAGGAUCGUUGACGAUCGCUAUAAAAUCAUGAUCCUCGUUUAUAGUGAUCAUAUUCACGUAAGAACAGCAUUACUUCAAGAUGAUCCACGAUGGAAGUGCGUAGUGAAAUGUGGUAGAAAUGCAAUAAAUGGGCUUUUCACCCACUUUGACUCAUGAAUCUCCAUUUGAAAGCCAGGAAUUGUUGACUAUCUCUACAAAAUCAUGAUCCUCGUUUGUAGUGAUCAUAUUGACUUAAGAAGAACUGUAACUUCAAGGCGAUCUGGGACGUAAGUGAAGAAUGAAAUACUGCAGAAAGCCAAUAAAUCCAAUUAAUAAUCCUUAAGCUUAAUCACAGUCUUUUUGUGAUUUUACACAUUUAAUUCAAGCAGACAUUACCCUAAUGAAUACAGCAAGAUAUUUUUGUGAUUUAAAGAGGUUUUUUUAUAUUUUCCCCACUCAUACAGCGCAGAAACAAGAAUAUAAUCCUGGUUCCCUAUCAAUUAAUUUCUUUAAUUAUUUCGAAUGUCCCACCGAGUGUAAAUUAACGUAAAAUUGUAAUUUUACACUUUUUUUCAUCAAUCGAGCUCACGUCCGGUGCGACAAUUUAAUCUCAAUCUACGCCCACCAAGAUCAAAUCGCACCUCUCAUUCCUUCCUGCGGCAAAGUCUAUUUAAUCUUGCGCGACAUUUUUUACCAUUUCACUUCCUAUCCUGUGCAGUUUUAUUACGGUUUAUAAAAGGCACGUGCGAAAGGGAAAAUGUUCCUCCAUAUUCUCACUUUGUUCCUCGUGUGUUUCACUUUAAGUGCUUCCGAACAAAUACACCACAUCUUUCAACCGGGUGAUUAUUUUGAUCCGUUCGCGGAGGCAGAAAGUCAGCAUAGGCCGACGCUUCUUCGCCAACCGAAUUUGAUUUUUGGCGAACCCAAUACCGCGUUUAGUCAACCCAGAGGGUCACACAGUUACCCAAGAGCGAUAGGGUUGAAAAGUGGCAACGGGGCACAAUUGAACGCCCAAAUUUGGCAACCCAGCAGGUUUUUCGUGAAACAGCAGCAGCAGCCACCUGUGAGUGCUGCCUUUACAGCUGAACCUGCUCCAAAGAGGUUUAAUGGAGCUGAAAAAGGGAAGCCAGAGAGUGUAGCUGAGUCUCGAGAGACAGGGAAUUAUGCGCCUUCCUCAGUUGAAUCGGCUAGUUCGGUUGGUAAGGGGCAGGAUCAUCAUUCCUCACACCAAGCUGAUCGUGGUCAGAGUGAAAAGAAAGAAUACAAGUCUAAUCAUCAUCACAGUGAGGAGGAUCACGGGAAACAUGAGGAUCAUAAUAAGAAAUCUGUUAAGGAGGAAAAGGGCGGACAUGUGCAGAAACAGCACGAUGAAGGCUCGCACUAUAAGAAGUAUCAUGAAGGUAAAAAAUCACAUAAAGCAGCGAAAUUCGGCGAGAAAAAGGGCCACAAACGUGGUCACAAGACCAAAGGUUACCACAACAAGUUCCACAGGGACGAAUAUCAUAGAGAACACAGAUUCUAUGACGAUUACAAUAAGGAAGGAUUUCACGAGAAGCAUGGGAGCGACCAUAAGCAUUACAAAAAGAACGAGGGGGGGCAUAAAAAGGGAGGCAGCCAUCGGUCCGGGGAUAGUGCGAAAAAAUAUGGGAAAAAGGGUUCAACGAAAAAGGGCCACCAUGAAGACGACAGCAAAGGGUUCUCGAGGGAGGGAGGCAAAAAGAAAUUCGAAAAACACCAUAAGGAACAUCAUAAAAAGGGCGCGAAAGCUAAAGGCAAUCGUUAUGGGUAUGAACAUUGAGUGAAUAUAGGAGAAAAAUUGUGUUUUGCUAGUCAGAUGGGGGCUAAAGAAAGCCAUAAUGUUUGUUUUCAUAAUUUAUGAAACUUGUCUAAUUUAAAAAAAGAGUGUUUUUUUGUCGCAAAUUAUACUUUUACCUAGAUUGGAUGGUGUAAGUUGAUUUCAUGCAAGAGUUAAGAUGCUAGGAAAUAACGUGUUUUUAUGUUAUAAGUGAAAGUAAAUCCUUUUUAAAUUGA